CAAAAGUAGAAUUAAGACAUCCGGGAUAAAUGACUCAGCUGAGCUCAAUGAAGCCAAAACAUGUGCGUCCAGGAUUAAUUGGUUGCACAAAGACCAAGCCAGGAUGAGCAGACACGGAUUCAUUAAGCCAGGUGAAACCAAUCCUGGAUAGGUGCGCGCUCACGGCUCACUCAAAUAGACCCCGCCACAGAUCACAGAUUAACUGAUUUACCAUGGCAACUAGAGCCGCGUACUUUUCCCCGUCGGAAGCACAAAUCCUCAUGGAGGCAUACGAGGAGGUAAAAGAUAUAAUUAAGAAGAAAGGCAACACCGCCACAGUGAUAAAGCAAAGAGAAAAAGCGUGGCAAAGUAUUGCAGACCGCCUGAAUGCAUUAAACAUGAACGGGCCAAAACGGACAUGGCAGCAGGUCAAAAUCAAAUACAAGAACAUUCUGCAGAAUGCAGUGAAAAAGAAUACCCACAGACAAGGCACGGGUGGUGGGUCACCAAAGGCUGACCUUACCCCAGCAGAGGACAUGGCCUUGGAGCUAAAUAAAGGCAGGCCCGUCUUAGAGGGGAUCCCUGGGGGGAAAGAGACGAGCAUAGGUUCCUCCCAAGAUGCCACCCGCUUCAUUCAAGUGUCUGGCAGCACUAUGUUCCUGUUAGAGCCACCAGCACAAGCACCAGACGAUGCUGAUCCAGGUGAAGGCCCCAGUGCAGCAGCAACAGCACAUGAUGGAGACGAUGAUGAUGAGGAGGAGACCAUCUCUCUGGAUUCCAGAAGGCAUGAGGACCCAGAUGCUAUACAGUGGGAAAACCAGCCUGGCAACAUAAGCUCACAAGCUAUCAGAAAGUUGUAUGGCAACCACCUCCGGCGCCAAAUAGAACUGGCAGACAUAGACAUUCAGUACAAGAAGAAAAAGAUGGAAAAUCUUGCACUGGAGUCCGAAAUAAAAAAAGAGGACAAUUAGGAAACUGGACCUUGAAAUAAAAAACCUUGAGAGGGAGGUGAGAUAUGCCUUCAAUGUACACUGUAUGCUAACUGUAACACAAAU